AAAGAAAAAAGGAAAAAAAAAAGGAAAAAAAAAGGAAAAAAAGGGGAAAAAAAUUAAGAGAGAAGAAACGCACAACAAAAGGCUCAGCGAAGAGAAGAAUGAGAGCUCAAGAGAAGAGGAGAUCCUAAGGUAAUUCGAAUGGCGGAGGUGAAGCCCGGCGAUUCCACCACCACCACCACCGCUCUCAACGGUUCUCAAAACCGUUCGAAUUCCGAUCAGCCGACGGACCGUCCAGUUCGAGUCUACGCUGAUGGGAUCUACGAUCUCUUCCAUUUUGGUCACGCUCGCUCUCUUGAGCAAGCCAAGAAAUCGUUCCCGAAUACCUAUCUGCUAGUCGGAUGUUGUAAUGAUGAGAUUACCCACAAAUUUAAAGGGAAAACUGUUAUGACUGAGGCGGAACGAUAUGAAUCGCUUCGCCAUUGCAAAUGGGUGGAUGAAGUGAUUCCUGAUGCACCCUGGGUGAUCUCUCAAGAAUUUAUUGACAAGCACAAUAUUGACUUUGUGGCCCAUGAUUCUCUUCCUUAUGCCGAUGCUACCGGAGCUGGGAAGGAUGUAUAUGAAUUUGUUAAAAAGAUUGGAAAGUUCAAGGAAACAAAAAGGACAGAAGGAAUCUCAACUUCAGACAUUAUCAUGAGGAUUGUUAAAGAUUAUAAUCAGUAUGUAUUGCGCAAUUUGGACCGUGGUUAUUCGAGGAAAGAGCUUGGGGUCAGCUAUGUGAAGGAAAAACGGCUUAGAGUAAAUAUGAGGUUGAAGAAAUUACAGGAGAAAGUUAAGGAGCAUCAAGAAAAAGUGGGAGAGAAGAUUCAAACAGUUGCAAAAACUGCCGGUAUGCACAGGAAUGAAUGGGUAGAAAAUGCUGAUCGCUGGGUAGCUGGAUUUUUAGAGAUGUUUGAAGAAGGUUGUCAUAAGAUGGGCACGGCCAUCAGAGAUCGAAUUCAAGAGCGGUUGAUGGGGGCACAACAGCAGAAAUAUCUAUCAAAUGGCAAGGACAGUGACUCAGACCUUGAUGAAGAAUAUUAUUAUGACGAUGAAGACAAUGAAGAAUAUUAUGACGACGAUGACGACUUCUAUGAAGAAUUCGAGAAAGAUGAAAAGAAAAGGUAGGCAUGGCUUUAUGCCAAGUUUGAAUACGUAAUAUGUGCAUCGGUCCCGUGCUUGUUCGUGGAUUCUACAGUAUAUUGCUACUAUAUGUUUAGAUGCAGAUGGUAAACCAUAACUGCUAGUUACCAAAGCCAGAAGAAAAAAAAAAGGGCACUUGGUAGUAAGGUUAGGAACCAUUUCUUUUGGUGACCCCUUUUUAAGAUAUGUUUUUUGUGCAUAUGGUGGAUGAAAAAUUUUCCUUUGAAGCUUGUAAAACAGGUCGACAUGGAAGGCUUUUUUUUUCUCUUCUUUUUGGUUUUCGUGAAUCAUUGUAAUUUGAACUUUUGGGUUUCUUGUUUGUAGGUAAUGUAAGAGUGAUAAAUAUGGUUUGAUAUUUUACAUA